AUGUCUACCGAGGCUGAAUCUGAGAAGCAGCAAGACGCUCAGCCUGUUCCGUGGGAAGAGGAUGCUGCCAACCCGCAAAACUGGAGCAAUUUCAAAAAAUCUGUCAAUCUGGGCAUCGUAUCCCUUCUAGCAUUCAUUACACCCUUGGAAUCCUCCAUCAUCGUCCCCGGCGUCCCUUUGCUACGAGAUGAUUUCCAUGAGACGCGCAGGCCAGUGACCUCCCUGGUUGUUUCCAUCUACGUACUUGGCUUUGCUUUCGGUCCAGUAAUCUUGUCGCCCCUGUCGGAACUUUACGGAAGGCGGAUUCUCUUCAAUAUAUCCAACAUCGCCACGCUGGCCUUUACAAUUGCAAGCGCUGCUGCUCCGAACAUUGCAUCAUUUAUUGUCUUUAGGUUCGUCGGGGGAAGCUUUGGGGCUGGACCUAUGAACAUCGGAGGGGGUAGCAUCGCAGAUCAGAUCCCUCUUGCGAGAAGAGGGUUUGUGAUGUCCAUCUUCUUCACAGGCAUAUUUCUGGGUCCGGUAAUUGGACCUGUAAUUGGGGGCUUCAUUGCGAAAGCCAUUGGCUGGAGAUGGGUCUUCUGGAUCAUGGCGAUUCUGAAGGGAGUCAUUUCUAUAAUGACCUUCUUCUUUCUCUCGGAGAGUCAUCACCCGACCAUCCAAAAGAGUAUGGCGAAAAAAAGGUUACGGCCAUCGGAUGAGAUAUCCGAGGAACAAAAACCGCAGUUCAAGACGGUCCUGUUAAGGUCUCUCACUAGGCCAAUGAGGAUGCUUUUUGGCAGCCCAAUCGUUGCUGGUCUUUCGUUAUACCUUGCACUCAUUUACGGAUACCUAUAUCUGCUCUUCACAACCUUCUCGACAGUAUUUCCAGAGCAGUAUGGGUUUGGUAUUGAUAUUCUAGGCCUGGCCUUUCUUGGCAUGGGAGUUGGGUGUGUUUUGGCCCUGGUCCUCUUGUCGUGGAUGAGUGACUGGGUUCAGGACAAGCUGACUAAAAAGCACGGCGGAACGAAGCCUGAAUAUCGCUUGCUGCCCAUUGUUCUCGGCAUUCCGCUGCUCCCAAUAGGUUUAUUCGUCUACGGCUGGACCGCACAGUACAAAACACAUUGGAUAGUACCAAUUAUCUUCACUGGCUUCACGGGCGCGGGAUUGAUCUUCUCCUUCCUUCCAACCCAGAUUUACAUGAUCGACGCUUUUACGACUUACGCCGCAAGCGCUUUGGCAGCAACGAGCGUGGUUCGAAGCAUCGUGGGUGGUUGUCUCCCUAUCGCUGGGCUACCUCUUUACCAGGCACUAGGAUACGGUUGGGGGAAUUCUCUCCUUGGGUUUAUCGCCAUUUUCGUAUCCAUCGGGCCGCUUCUAUUCUGGAGGUACGGCGAAGCCUUGCGCAAGAAAUAUGAUGUCAAGUUUGAUUAG